AUGCAACCUACUCAUGAGCUGAGAGUUAUCAGCAGAGGAACAAACCUUAAUCAAAACCACCUCCUGCAGCACUAUCCCAUGAUUAUAGAAGGGUAUGGCCCCCUCAUAGCAUAUAGUACACGAUCUGUCAAGAGGGCAAUUAGGGAAUACUCACAAAUGAGAGUUGAAAAUUCAACAACGACAACAGCAACAGCAACAGCAACAACUCUCCUUCAGUAUGACAAUCCCUCUGCUGGUUGGCCAAUUGACCAAGAAGGUAGUAAUGUUGGUACUGAUUCUGACAUUGAGUUCUGGGGGCCUUUGAGGAACAGAACAAUUGUUGAUAGUUUUGGAGGCAUUUCUUGUCUUCCAGAGCUUCUUCAAAAGUUCUACGAAUCAAAGGGAGAAGAGUGUAGUAUGAUUGAAGCAGCCAUUAAAACAAGCCAUAAGGCAUUUGUAAAUGGUUGUGUUAUUGACUCUACACUCGACCAUAAUUGUGUAAGAGAGGCACAUAACGUCAGACUUCAGGUUCAGGCUGAUGAGAACCGCAACAUUGGGCAGAGCUACUCUCCAAUAUAUAAGGAUUUCUUUGGGAAGAUCGUCAUUUUCUUUGAGCACAAGAUCAAUAACAAGAGGUGGCUGCUUGUCCUUGUCAAUGUUUAUGCAGUUCGUUUGGUAAAUAGUAUACCAGUCAUCAACAAUAGGCAAAUGAAGCCAAUGGUAGUUCACCUGGCAGAUGUCAAAGAAUUAGUUGGUUUGGUGAAGUCGGACGCGACUAUAAACACAAUAACAACAACAGCAACAACAGCAACAACAUAUGUAGUGUGGCCAGAGCUUAACCGCGGCCCAAAACUGUCACUUGGUUCUCUUGCAGACCUAUAA